CCUCUGCUUGCCUCCUUCCCCUCCUCCUCCUCGCCCUCGCCUCCUCAUCAUAAUUCCCAAUUCACCACCAAGCUGAAGCCACGGAUGAAUAAGAAGACCCACCACCAGUGUCUCCCGCGCCGCCCCCCUUCCUUCUUAACCGUCCCUCCCUCCCUCCCAUGACUCAAGGAAUUGAAUUCAAGUGAAGGCGAUCCCCCUGGGCGGCGUUCUUAUUUUCUUCUCUCAUGCCCACCUGUUUCUCAUUCCUAUUUCUAUGAUACGGUGUCUUUGGAGUAGUGAGCUGGGGUUCGACUGCACCGGGAGGGUCGAGUGGUGAAGAAGAAGAAGAAUAUGGCUCCGAGGGCGUGCCGUUUCUAUCGCCAAGGAGACGACUGGUUUUGUGGCACUGGUCUUCCAAGUGAUAUUGUUAUUGAAGUUGAGGGAGUAUUCUUCCAUCUUCACAAGUUUCCCCUGCUGUCAAAAUGUGGGAAGAUUGCACGUAUGAUAGAAAAACUGCGAAAUACAAAAGAGGACAUGUGCCUUACAUUAGUUGGAUGUCCCGGAGGACCUGAUGCAUUUUUAUUUGCAGCACAGUUCUGCUAUGGAGUCAGAGUGGAACUGACACCGAAAAACAUUUUAAUGGUGUAUUGUGCAGCAGAAUAUCUUGAAAUGACAGAGCAAUUUGAUGAGGAGAAUUUACUGGCUGUGGCAGAAAGUUUCUUUCACAAAGUCAUCUUUCAUAGCUGGAAAGAUUGCAUAUUGGCUCUGCAUUGCUCUGAGCAUUCUAUUUCAAAUGCUGAAACCCUCCAUAUUGUGAGCAAAUGUCUUAAUGCUCUCUCAACAAUGGCAUGUACUGAUCCUAGUUUGUUUGGAUGGCCGAUGAUGAUGUAUGGGAGUUUACAAAGCCCUGGUGGUAGCAUCCUCUGGAAUGGAAUAAACACAGGGGCUAGAAUUAGAGCCUCACUAUCUGACUGGUGGUUUGAAGACAUCUCAUGCCUUGGUGUGCCAAUGUUUAAGAGAUUGAUAGAAACAAUGAAGGAAAGAGGCAUAAGAUCAGAAAAUAUAGCUGGUGCACUGAUGUACUACUCAAGAAAGUAUUUACCUGGUCUCGACCGGUGGCAGAGUGGGCAAGCAGGCAGAACCAGAAGUCUUGCAAGUUUUGCUACGGUGCCAGCCGCAGUUGAUCAAAAACUGUUACUGGAAAGCAUUGAAAAGCUACUUCCUCAAAAGAAGGGAAAGUCUUAUUGCCGCUACCUGUUAGGGCUUCUACGAGUUGGUAUGAUACUAAAUGUUUGCCAGUCAUGUAGGGACUCUCUGGAGAGAAGAAUAGGCAUGCAACUUGAAUUGGCCACACUCGAUGGUCUCUUAAUUCCUAAUUUCUCAGAUUCUGAUUAUUUAUAUGACACUGAUUGUGUUGAGCGGAUUAUUCAUCAUUUCGUGUCUUCACAGGAAUUAAAUAUUGCACUGUUUUCACCUUCCUCUUUUGAUCCUGCUACAUCUCCAUCCUCUAGUCCUUUGAUUAAAGUCACAAAGUUAAUAGACAGUUUUCUUGCUGAGGUUGCUCCUGAUGUCAACUUGAAACCCAAGAAGAUGCAGUCUCUCCUGCUGGUCCUUCCGGAAGCUUUGAGAUCCCUGGAUGAUGGACUAUAUAGAGCACUAGAUAUAUAUUUCAAGGCACACCCUUGGCUUUCAGAGAAGGAGAGAGUGCAGCUUUGCAGCAUAAUAGACUAUGGGAAGCUUUCCAUUGAAGCGUAUGCACAUGCAUCGCAUAAUGAAUGCUUGCCACUUAGAAUCAUUCUCCAAGUUCUGUUUUUUGAGCAGUUGAGGCUGCGUACAGCUCUUUCUCACUGUCUUCAUGCAUUAGAAAGUGAUGACGCUGCCAUUGUUGAUGACAUGGCUGGACAACUCUUGCAAAGGGAUGGGUGGGUUUCACUUGUCCGUGAGAACCGGGUCCUGAGGGUAGAUAUGGAGCGGAUGAGGUCCAGGGUCAGAAAAUUGGAACUAGAUUUUGUAGACAUAAAACAAGAGAUGGGGAGGGUGAGUAGACCUCACAAUUUGAUCAGCUCCACUCGUCUCAUUCCUAGAAAACUUGGGUGCAUGCCGGUGCCAAAGGAUCUACACUCUGACGCAAUAGAAAGCACAGGUCCUAGCCCGAGAAGGUCAACUGAGCGACCAUAUCUUUCUCAUUAAUCAAGCCAUCAGUAAAGUUUUCCCCCAUUAUUAUUAUUAUUAUUAUUAUUAUUAUUAUUAUUAUUUAUGGUGCACCAAAAAAUUGGGGUCCUUGCCAUCUUAUGUUUGAUAUGGGAGUUUUCGCAGUGGGGAUCGAGUAUCUUGCUCUCGAAGUGCAGAUGCUCUCAUGAAAAGCAGGGUAAGUGUUCGACAGUUGAAUUGUAUAGCUUUUUGGUUUGUCUUCUGUUCUUCCUGUGCUUUGUGAGACCGAUGAAUUUUUUAGUGUGCUCUUUGUUACGCUUUGCCAGCAAAUGCUGUGGCUGUUGCACAUGAUCCUUUCAUUGUAGUGAUCCAGCAGCUAGAUGUCAAAAUAUGGAACUGUUGUGAAAUUGCUGUACUAAAGUUGAUGGCAGAUUGCACGAUACAAUUAUAUAGACAUUGGGCAUGCUCUUUCUUGAAGUGGGUCUUGCUUCCUAAAAAGACGGUGGCUAGUUACAUACAUAUGUUUAUGUGAAACUGAAACGGUUGAGAGGCCUCUUAGUUCUUGCAGUUUACCAUGGCCCACAGAAAAUCUGGUGCUAUACGUAUAUAUGAAAAAUGUAUCAUGGUUGGAGAUAAUCAUGGGCCAUCUGUUAUUAAUUUGCAACGAGAGUACAUGGAGCACUAUCUUCCGAGCAAGAAAUUUGUAUUUGUAUAUUAAGCUGGGAAUAAUCAUGGUAAGAGGGCUUGUGGUUAUAUUCCGGAGCUUUGGCACUCUUCCUAAAACGACCGGCUGACCAAUGAAGCUCGUUAUUUUACGAUAUCAAUGCUGCAUGUGUUCCUGUCUCUUGCCGGAUAGGUAUCGUGCACCUUAUUGCCCUCCUUUCGUUUCUGCCGUGCUGUCGCCUGAUAUGGAGCUCCGCAAUUGAGUAGUGGCAAGGAGGCACCAAUAGCAUUGGACCAAAGACCGACUGGAUGAUUCUGAAAUCAACUAGUGUUAUGCGUCUCCGGAGGAUGGGAUAGGAGACAUGGACGGCUAUGAAACACAUCUGAUUAAAUUUUAUUUUCUUUUUGUUAUUGAGGUAACUUAAUCAACAUACUUCCUUUUAGGCAGGUGCUUGUUGCGUCUCUCCGCUGAUUCGGAGCGUUUUUUUUUUUUGAUACAGCAGGUGUCAGAACCUCAAAUGAAAAGUUAAGCUCAAACGGAUUUGGAGUGUAUUUGUGCGAACAAAGGAAACAAUUCCAUAGAGAAAUGGGAGGAAAAUGCAUUCCUGGAAAAAGAUCGGGAUUGAUGAGUCGGUUCGUAUUUCGUCGGUUCUAAAUGUGGAUGGAGCCAAUUUAAUUUAAUUUUUAUGCAAAUACAAUAUAUUCGUGUUACACGGAGGAUAGAGGCCUUGGUCUUGAUUUU